GGUUUCUGCGAAGUUGAACUCAAAUCUAAUAGGGUUUACAGAGUUCCCUUCUACAAUUUUAAUUUAAUUUGAUACUCAAAUAAACAUAUAUCUUUGUGUUUUCUGACUCUGUUUUCAGCUCAAGAUUUUUGGAUAAAAUGGCAAACAACAAUGCCGUUGGCGUUGAUAACACAUUUAGAAGAAAAUUUGAUCGAGAAGAGUAUUUAGAACGAGCUCGUGAGCGUGAAAAGCAGGAAGCUGAUUCGCGUUUCAAAUCCAAAUCUAAAGCUCCUCCAGUGCAAAGAAAGCCCUUGAAGCAUAGGGAUUAUGAAGUAGACCUUGAGUCUCGAUUGGGAAAAACUCAGGUUGUGACUCCUAUAGCACCGCUAAGCCAGCAGGCUGGAUACUACUGUUCAGUAUGUGAAUGCGUGGUGAAGGAUUCUGCAAACUACUUGGAUCACAUCAAUGGAAAGAAACAUCAAAGAGCUUUGGGCAUGUCAAUGCGAGUGGAGCGGGCAUCUCUUGAGCAGGUCCAACAGCGAUUCGAAUCUCUCAAGAAACGGAAAAGUCCUGGCAGCUUCACAGAGCAAGAUCUUGAUGAAAGGAUCCUAAAACAGCAGCAAGAAGAGGAGGAAAGGAAGCGUCAACGCCGGGAAAGAAAGAAAGAGAAGAAGAAAGAGAAGGUUGCAGAAGAGGAGGAAGCGGACAUUGAUCCUGAUGUUGCUGCCAUGAUGGGAUUUGGUGGUUUCCGUUCAUCCAAAAAGUAACUAUAUAAUGUUUACUCUUCCUUUCCUUCUGUGAAAGAGCUUUGCCGUGUAAUUUCCUUUCAACAUCUGUCGGGGCAUAGGUUGGCAGCUGCCCUUUCAUGAAGUGUAAAAUUUCAUGUUUGCCAAUUUUUUCAAGAUUACCUGUGAAGAAAGUCCCAAAAUUUGACAUGGUUUGUAACCAAUAUAUAUAUCUUGACACCAUAUCCUGUUCUGGGGCACUUGUGUUUAAAAGUAAUCAGGCACGAUUCUGAAGGCGUACUUCAUCCCA